AUGUUAAUCCUCUCCGUUUUCUUUUUAGUAGGCUAUCAUCAUGAAAAGGAGCAAGAAGGACAUUAUGUCCUUUUUUGCCCCAGUAGGCAAAAAACAUAGAGAGAGUGAGGGAGAUGAAGGUCAUGAAAGAGCUCAGGAGCAGGAGGAGAUAGAGCCAGAGGAGGAGAGAGAACCAGAGGAGGAGAGAGAGCCAGAGGAGGAGAGAGAGCCAGAGGAGGAUUUUGGAGAGGUGGAAAGUGAGGCAUCUGAGAGGCAAUCUGAGAGUGAGGAGGAAGACAUUCGGGCUCAGAUAGAGGGACAGAAUGAGGGACAACCAGAUUCACCUUGCAUGUCAAGCACAGCACCAUCAGAUAUUAGCAAGUGCAGGGACGACAGUCCUGUGCAACCACACCUGAAGACCUUCCCUACCACAUUAAUGGGGGACAGGAGGCGCAGUUUCAGAGCCCGUUGGUAUGGAAUCCACCCCUGGAUUGAAUACUCUGUGGUGAAGGACUCAGUGUUCUGUUAUGCAUGCCGCCAUUUUAGCCCAGCAAAAGCAUCAGCAACUGUGUUUGACUCACCAUUGGGUUUUAGAAACUGGAAAAGGCGACUGAAAGAGAGGGAGGUUUUUCAGUGCAUACAAAAUCUGAUAGGCACAAGCAAGCAAUGA